UUCCUUUUCCUCCGUGGCUGAAUAUUCUCCAAACUAACGUGCAAUAUACAGGGAGCACACUUUUUCAUGACGGGUGAUGAUCUUUCGCUUCUGAAUAUCCAAACAGCUCCAUUAGCAGUGACAGCACAUCACCCAGGCACUCUGUAAACAAUCUGUGAGCCAUAAUUUAGCAUUGUUCACGCGGGGCUGCCCAUCUGAUGCACUUUCUCCCCCACAAUGGCCACUUGUCGGGUCCUCUGUGCUUUUACCAGGUCCCAGCCCCGAACGCAUCUCAUCGAUCUGCUCCUAAUCCCUGAUUCCAAUCCACACGUAUCAGGUGCGGGCUCCGGCAGCACGUUCUCCCCCCGCGAUGCCGCCGCCGCCGCCGCCGCCGCUCCGUGCGCGCACAUCAGUAAGUGAAUCACGUAGCACUAGAACAGCCCUUCUUCACGCGAUCUUGCCAGACCUAUUGGAGAAACCCCCCAAGGCGAGAUCUGUCACCGCUCACUCAUUUGCUGGAAGACGAUCAGAAACUAUGUUAAAUGCGCCGAGAAUUGCACCGGAGUCUGUCAUAAAGGCGUCGAGAGGAUUCCGGUCAGAUCACACGGCGCGGGGAGCGGGUUUCAACAGUUGACGCGGAGAGAACUGAGCGCAGGAGGAAAGCGAUUAAUUUUGAUAAUCUGAAAUCUUCCAGCACCUUUUUUCCUCCUCCUCCUCCUCCUUCUUCUCGCGUUUUCCUGGCAGCGUUCGCGGGGACAGCGCAGAGGAGCAUUGUCCGAAUGAAGGAUGUAAGCGCACUGGGUCCAAUAGGACUGGAUUAUGGGAUUACUGGACUGAUCACAGGACAAUCAUCGGGCAAAAGUCGCAGCCGCGCGAUAGACGCGUCCGAAUGACGGCAGCGCGGAGGGUCGGACGGGAGUGACGGCGCUUUUGCUCCACUUUGUGGCAUGGGCAGGCUGGCUGCGAUUCGGGAGCACGAGCCGAAUGCAACAGUGUGCCGCACAGGAAAGAAAGUGAACGCAUUGUGAGCGGCGGCGUCGGGCGAUGCUGCAUUCGCAACGGGCACGCCGGGGCUUCGCCGUAGCGCUUGGCGCAGAUGUCGCAUGAGGGCAAUGCGCUUUUGUGCGCCGCGAUCUAACCUUCACCGCAGAUUCAGACGCUUUAACCUUGGAUGCGCUGGGGAAUAUUAAUACUUCAUCGCCAUCGAUAAUUCAUUAAGUCCCCCCCCCCACCACCACCACCACCAUCUCCUCCGCCGCCGCCGCGCGAGGGAAACAAGAAAUACAAAGCAUUCGUGGUCCCACUAUGUUGAAUUUGAUCUUUAAUUCAUGCAUAAGGUGUCGUCGGGCGGUCAUCUUUGUUUACAGAAAGAGUUCAUCGCAGCCGAGCGGCAUGUGAAAGAGGCUCAAAUAGCGGCUGGAGAGAAAUAAGGCUUCGCACGUCGAUUUAAUAUCCAAUUAGUGUGAGGCCGGCGUCGAGCACAUGCCUGGGUUUGGUUUAAUCCUCUAGGUUUGCCGUAAUCAACAGGUUGAAAGUCAACGAGGAUUUUUUUUCCGCCUGCCUCUACCGCAUAUCCAGUUGAAGGGAUGCGUCUCUCUGUACCCAUUUUCUUUCUGCUGUGGGUUAGAGCCCUGACAUUGAAAAACCUCAAUUAUUCCGUCCCGGAGGAGCAAGGACCUGGCACAGUUAUAGGGAAUAUAGCGAAAGAUGCCGCAUACGGGACUAUGGAGCGGGGGAAAAAAUCGAACUUCAGAGUCCUGGAGAAUUCUGCGCCGCAUCUGGUGGACGUUGACCCGGAGAGUGGACUUAUCUUCACUAAACAAAGGAUUGACAGGGAGACGUUGUGCAGGCGCAACCCGAAGUGCCAGCUCUCCAUGGAGGUGUUCGCCAACGAUAAAGAAAUAUGCAUGAUCAAGAUUGAUAUACAGGAUAUAAAUGACAACUCGCCCAGUUUUCCGUCCGAUCACGUUAACAUAGAUAUUUCAGAAAACGCCGCUGCCGGGACACGCUUCCCUCUGACUAUUGCACAUGACUCAGACUCCGGGGAAAACGGAAUAAAAACCUACCAGGUGACGAGGGACGACUACAACACGUUCUCUUUGGAUUUAAAAGUGAGGGGCGACGGGACUAUAUAUCCGGAGCUGGUGGUUCAGAGACCACUGGACAGGGAGGAUCAGAGCCAUCACACCCUUCUGCUUACAGCAAUUGACGGUGGGGAGUAUCCAAGAUCAGGCUCCAUGCAAAUCAAUGUCAGAGUGACUGAUUCCAAUGACAAUAGUCCGGUUUUUGAAAAAUCCUCCUAUGUCUUAGAUAUUCCAGAGAAUUCCCCUCCUGGAAAAGUACUGAUAGAUUUGAACGCCACUGAUCAGGACGAGGGGAGCAACGGGCAGGUGGUCUACUCCUUCACUGGAUAUGCAUCUGAGAGAAUCCAAGAUCUGUUCUCUAUUGACCCCAAUACUGGCGUCAUCAAGGUCCAGGGAGAGAUUGACUAUGAAGAGAAUCCAAUAAUAGAGUUUGAUGUGCAGGCAAAGGAUCUGGGGCCCAACCCAAUACCGGGCCACUGUAAAAUUACUGUCAAAGUGCUGGACAAAAAUGACAACUCGCCAGUAAUAAGUUUUGUUUCCGUCCGGCAGGGAGCUAUCAGUGAAGCAGCACCUCCAGAAUCUGUCAUAGCACUGGUCAGAGUGACAGAUAAGGACGCUGGUCGCAAUGGUCAACUCCAGUGCCGGGUGCUGGGAAAUGUCCCCUUCAGACUGCAGGAAAAUAAUGAUAAUUUUUAUACUCUGCUCACAGAGCGACCGCUGGAUAGAGAAAUGAAAGAUGAAUACAAUGUAACAAUAAUGGCGAGAGACAAUGGGAUCCCGUCUUUGAACUUCACUAAAUCGUUUACUGUGAAAAUCUUAGAUGAAAAUGACAACGCGCCGCGCUUUACAAAGACUGUGUAUGUGCUACAGGUGCCUGAGAACAAUAUCCCAGGGGAGUUCCUGGGCUCCGUUCUAGCCCACGACCCGGAUGUGGGUCGAAACGGAACGGUGUCGUACUCCAUCCUGCCGUCACACAUUGGGGAUGUGUCUGUGUACACCUACGUGUCUGUCAACCCCAACAACGGAGCCAUAUACGCCUCGCGUUCCUUCAACUACGAGCAGACCAAGUCCUUUGAGUUCAAAGUUCAAGCUAAGGACGGAGGGUCUCCUCACAUGGAAAGCACCUCCACCGUCAGGGUCAACAUCCUGGACGUCAACGACAAUCUCCCGGUCAUCAUUUUGCCCCUGCUGCAGAACGACACCGCCGAAAUCCCGGUGCCGAGGAACGUGGGCAUCGGCUACAUCGUGGCCACGGUGAAAGCGGUGGACCACGACCACGGCGAGAGCGGCCACCUGACCUACGAGAUCACCGAGGGGAACGACGAGCGGCUGUUUGAGAUGGACCCGGCGGGGGGCGAGCUCAGGACGGCCCACGCGCUCUGGGAGGAGGUGGCUCCGGUGGUGGAGCUCGUGGUGAAGGUAACCGACCACGGCAAGCCCCCCUUAUCCGCCGUGGCUAAGCUGAUCAUUAAGGCAAACGCAGAGGAGGCGGCGGGAGGGGGGUCCAGCGCCACGGGAAAACAGCAGCACUGGGAUGUAUCCCUGCCCCUCAUAGUUACCCUCUGCAUUAUCUCUGUCAUGCUCUUAGUAGUCAUGACCGCCAUCGCUGUCAAGUCCAAGCAUCAAGAUAAGGAGACUGGGAAUUAUAACUGCCGCAUGGCUGAGUACUCCAAUCCUCCAGUGGGGAAGGGCAAAAAGAAAAGGAUCAACAAGAGUGACAUCAUGCUGGUGCAGAGUGAGAUGGAGGAGAGAGAUUCCGCCAGCCGGAUGAACGUGGUGAGCAGCCCCUCGCUCAUCACCUCGCCCAUAUGCUUUGACUAUCAGAGCCCCCUGCCCCUCACGCUGCCCAGGUCAGAGGUCAUGUACCUGAAGACCACUCCGAACAGCCUGACGGUCCCCAGGGCGGGCUGCCACUCCAGCUUCGCCGGGCUGAGCGCAGACACUCCAGCGAAUAGGAUGUCGGUGAUACAGACGGAAAAUUUCCCAUCGGAGUCCAAUUAUGCUGGCAGCAGGCAACCGUUUGUACAAAGCUCAACAUUUAAGGAUGCAGAGCGAGCAAGCCUUCGAGACAGUGGCCAUGGUGAUAGUGACCAGGCCGAUAGUGACCAGGAUACUAAUAAAGGCUCACACUGCGACACAUCUGCCAGGGAGGCCCUCAAGAUGAAAGCAACAGCAGUUAAUGGGCAGCCUUUUGAGCAGGAGCAAGACAAAUCAGUCCACUGCACCGAUGAAUGUCGUGCACUGGGACACUCUGACAGAUGCUGGAUGCCAAAGUUACGGGUAGGAAGCCAAGCAGACAGCGCCGAUAAUCGCACCAACCUUUUCAUCCCUGUGGGAAUGGAUGCCAUGGUAGAGACAGAGAUUUAUGGCACCAUCAGCUGCAGCGGCAGAAAAACCCUCAGCACGUUUGGAAAGGAGCAGCGGGACAGUACAAUCCUCGUGGCCAACGUCAAACCGUACUUAAAGUCCCAGCGUGCGCUGAGCCCACCGCUGCAGGAGAGUCCGUCGGCGUCCGGCAGUCCCACCAAGGGCGGCCGGCCCCCGGACCUGGCCGAGCAGGAGGCCAGCAAGGAGCGGGAGGUGGGGGGGGGGUCAGACAGCAGUGCCUAUGGGCCUCCAGAUGGCCAGUGCUCGCCGCUGCACACCGAAUUGGAGGAGCCCUCCUAUCUGACCCGCGAGCUCAGGCCCAAGUCCCUGUCGAGCAGUCUCAUCCACAGCUCCGUCAUCAGCCAGGAGUGCGGGGGGUCCGAUUGUGCCCACGACCCCCGGGAGGCCACUAACUGAGGGGCCGCGCGCGUGCGCUCGCCUGCCGGGCGGGGGAGGAGGGGGCGACGUGGCAGAUUAAUGACCAUGAGGUAAUUUUAGUUUCUCCGUUUCGGCCCGCAGAGGUGUCCAGACAUGCAUUGUAUAACCAAAAACCACCCGCUUUGUAUGUUUCUUUGAGUUCGUGACUUGUUGUGUUUGUGUGAAAUAUGUGUCCUUGACUGCUGUGAAGGUUUUCGGGGGGGAAUCAGCACUUACCUGGCUUCAUGUGUUUUCAUGGUGUACUGUACCUGUCAAUUUAGAUGUCUGUAUUUUACACAUUUCCAGCUCCAAUUUCGUGAGGGUGUUGAACAAAUUGCUACUGUUAAGCUAUUGCGUCCUGUCUGCUUUUGUACGGUGAAGCUCUCUGUCUCCAUUUAGUGUGUAAGGAACACCACAGGCAACUGAAAUACAUAUCAGUGACGUUAAAUACAAAAAGUGAAGUGUCUUAUGAACUGUUAAUGGUGGUGCAACGGGGGGAAUGUCCCUUUUCAUAAAACCAUUUGAGGUUCCUAUAAAAACAGUUUUUUAAGAAUGUAUUUGUAAUUUUAUUGUCGUCUUCUGCAGUUUGUGUGAAAAUAAGCUGAGCUUACACGUGAACGUGGGCCACUGUACUUGUUGUGUAUUUUAUUAAAUUUCUAUACACUGUGCGCACCGAAGGUGAUCAUUUCUGACUGGUGACACCUGCGAUGGCUGUGACGAGAGCGCUGUUUGUGUACGAGGGGCUUUGUUUGUGUUGAUGAUGGAAAAAUAAAAGGCAACUUUGGCGACAAACUGUA